AUGUCUCGCUUAACUUUGAUUGCCUUCAUCGCCUUCACCGUCGCCGUAUCAGCCGAACUCCGAGCCAAACGUCAAAUCUAUGGCAACGUAGCGGCCCAAAAUGCUGUUCACCGUGCCCAAGUCCACAACGCUGUCGCCACCAACAAUGCCAUUGUUCAUGCCAACGCUGCUCGACUUGCCACAUCAGCUGCCGUAUAUCAACAAGUAGCCGAGAACCGUGCUCACGUCGCUAUCGCCAAAGCUCAAGCCAAAACCCACGCUGCUGUAGCUAGAACUCAUGCUAAUGUGGCUAGAGCUGAAGCCAAAGCUGAUGUCGCUGCUGCCCGAGUUCAGGCCAAGACCAACCUGGCUGUAGCCAAGGCUCAGGCCAACGUUGUGAGAGCUGAAGCCAAGACUGACGCUGCUGUUGCCAGAGCCAAGACCCAUGUUGCUGUUGCCCAGGCUCGGAAUCAAGUUGCUACCAAUAAUGCCAUCGCUCACGCCAACCUGAAUGCUCUUCGCAUGGGAUAG